GUCUCGAGGUAACUCAAUUCCCAACGGUGCUGAUUCUAUAAAAAAAAAAGAAAAACGAGAAACAUAUCAUAGUAAUUCGAAUGUAAAAAAUAAAUGUCCACAGACAGUCUUAUUGAGGUGAAACCAACUACUCCCAAUUGCGGGAGAACAGAGCCAUCCGAUCUCUUCAGCAGCACCGCCGGAUUGACGGAACGAAGUAGCGACAGCUGGUUGGAGAGCGACGAUCUGUCGUUUGGAAUUUAUCCCGAGAAGGGAAUUUUAUCACCGGAUGAAUCCGUGGAAUGCGUCUUGCGAUUCUCCCCCAUGGACGUGUUCGAUUACAAGGCGUAUCUUACGUGCAAGUACGAUUAUGAUUCACAAAUGGAGAAUCUCGAUCCGGAGCUGCCGGAGUUGGUUAUUCCUAUCGUGGGAAGAAGUUUGUUACCGUACUGCCACUUCGACGUACCGGAAAGCGACUAUCUGUCCGGUGAUAGACGCGACGCGAAGCUGCCUGGACCCAUCGGCUAUCAACCGGAUGAUAAUUCUCUUCCGGUGGGCACGAGAGUGAUUGAGCUCGACGUGAUCGGAAUCGACGAGUCUCACGUAAAGUAA